AUGGCUUCACUCACCUCUUCAUCUGACUGUGUCAGCUGCGCCCGCCUGGUUGAUAAAAUCACAGAGCUGGAAGGAAGAAUAUCCACGCUCUACAGGAUCCAGUAUGCCGAGAACCUCAUGGAUACCAUCAUCUUCGGUCCAGCACAAACCGACACAGCCAGCGACCGUGUGCAUGAUUCCAUCGCUUCCAGUCCUGCUGCCGCGGCCCCUCCUCCGGUCACAGCUCCUGAGGCUUCUUGGCUACGGCUCGGAGCUAAGCCUAAAGCCCUGGUCAGCUCCACUCCAUCACAUCACGAGCCCUGGUCCCUGGUCUGUGCUCGCAGCAGCCGGAUAGGGAGACAUCCCUCUCCUACACCCCAUAACUUCGAUGUCCAGCUGAAGAAUAAAUAUGACAUCCUUGCCCUUCACGACUUCCCUCCUCUGGCUAGGGACUCCCAGCUUCCUAUACCAUCCCAGCUGCCGCCUCGAGGGACCCACAGCCCCGGCUCCCCCGACAUCCCUACACCAGUCAUUCCUGAGCUCUCCUCUCGCCCCAGGACUCGCCGCUCCAUACCGUGCUUUACACCAGCACCGCGGCGAGCUUCGGUCCCCCGUUCUCUCAGUCCUUGCUCGUCCACUCCGCCACCACUGGUUAAAUCCUCUCCUCCACCCACGCGUAUUGCACGCGCAGUGUUGUCGCCUCGUCCCCUCUUCGCCCCGACGACACUGAUAGUCGGGGACUCAAUAAUCAGGAAUACCCGUUUCUUCAACGCGACCACACACUGUUUCCCCGGAGCAACGGCUCACGACAUCCUGCUGAAACUGCCUGGCCUGCUGCACGCCCUCCCGUCUACCAUUCGGCGAAUUAUUGUUCAUUGGUCCAACUCCAACACUCGGCCGUGGAUCACAGCGGUUCAGCAGAGUCCUCAGCCUCCACACUUGGCUCCAGGCCGCCUGCAGGACCAACAACCACGUGAAUGCAGCCAACCUCAGAACCCUCCCCAAAACCUCACAACCAACCACAAACACUCCAUGAAGCUUGCUCUGUUCAACACUCGGUCACUAAGCAACAAAGGCCCAAUCAUCAAUGAAGUCAUCACUGACAACAACCUUGAUAUCCUCUGUCUCACUGAAACUUGGCAAAAACACCCGGAUUACUACGCACUCAAUCAAACCACCCCAACUGGAUAUCAUUACCUGGAUAAACCACGCCCUGAUGGCCGCGGUGGAGGAAUUGCCGCUCUUCACCGCCAACAUAUCAAGACCAGACUGACUAACAUCGACAGUCCACCCUCAUUUGAACAGCUCACAUUCAAACUCUCUGGUCCUAAACCCCUGGUCAUUGCAAUUAUCUACCGCCCCCCCAAACCCAACUCUGCCUUCCUCUCUGACCUAUCAGAAUUCCUCACCCAGCUCUGCUCCAUCUCACCUUCCAUCCUGUUGCUUGGUGAUUUCAACAUCCACAUCGACUCCUCAGCCUGUAACACUGCCACUGAAUUUCUGGACCUGCUUAAAUGCUUCAACUUCACUCAACACAUCGACUUCCCCACCCACAACCGCGGGCACAUCCUGGACCUGGUCUGCUCCACUGAACUCACCAUCAACCACCUCUCCGGCUAUGACCUCACCAUCUCCGACCAUCUAGCCAUCAUCAUGGAGAUCGACAUCCCAAUCCCAGAACCCAAACUCACGCGCACCAUCACUCUCCGAAAUAUCAACAGAGAAAUGCAACUCCUUCUGACGUUCUACAAAGCUAAAAUCGACACCAUCUACAACCAACUGGCCACUUCCAGCCCUGCUUUGUCCAACCCUUCUGUCAUCAACUCCUCCCUGUCUACUGGCUCCGUCCCUCCCGCCCUCAAACUCGCCUCAGUCACACCCAUCCUCAAAAAACCUGGCCUUGACCCCGACAUUCACAACAAUUACAGACCCAUCUCCAAUCUCCCUUUUCUGUCUAAAAUACUGGAACGCACUGUUGCCCAUCAACUGAAAACUCACCUGGACUGAAACCAACUGUAUGAGCCAUUUCAAUCCGGAUUCAGAUCUCAUCACAGCACAGAAACUGCCCUCAUCAAAGUCACCAACGACCUCCUCCUCUCCUCUGAUGAAUACUCCCUCAACAUCCUGAUACUGCUCGACCUCAGCGCAGCCUUCGACACCAUCAACCACUCCAUCCUCCUUUCGCGUCUCGAGUCCUCCCUCCACAUCAAUGGCACAGCCCUCUCCUGGUUUAAAUCAUACCUCUCCGACCGUGAACAGUUCAUCAGCAUCAACAAAUUCAAGUCUGACACAGCCCCAGUCUCUCAAGGUGUCCCCCAAGGUUCAAUACUCGGUCCCCUCCUCUGCAUCCUCUACCUGCUCCCCCUUGGUGACAUCAUACGCCACCAUGGUCUCCAGUACCACUGCUAUGCUGACGACACCCAGCUCUACAUCUCCACCAAAUCUAUCACCCCCACCAUCCACUCCACUAUCACCAACUGCCUCCCAGAUAUAAAAACCUGGAUGCAAGCAAACUUCCUCAAAUUCAACACCGACAAAUCUGAAGUCCUCAUCAUCGGCCCCAAAUCAUUAAACAAUUCCCACCACAACUUCUCCCUCUGCAUCGAUGGCAUCACUGUUCCUGCCUCCACACAUGUCUGUAACCUCGGGAUCAUUUUCGAUCAAACUCUCUCAUAUGAACGCCACGUCAAUCACAUCACAAAAACCGCCUUCUUUCAUCUAAAAAACAUCGCCCGUCUCCAUCCCUCCCUCUCCUCCGCAGCCGCUGAAACACUCAUCCACGCCUUCAUCACCUCUCGACUGGACUACUGCAACAGCAUCCUGUACGGCUCACCCACCAAAAUCAUCAAUAAACUACAAUACAUCCAGAACUCAGCUGCCCGUCUGCUCUCCCACUCCCGCACCAGAGACCACAUCACCCCAGUCCUUCAAAACCUCCACUGGCUCCCCAUACAGCAAAGAAUCCAGUUCAAGAUCCUCCUCAUCACUUACAAAGCCCUCCACAACCUUGCCCCUUCAUACCUUUCGGACCUCCUGUACCAUCACACUCCCAACCGCAACCUCAGAUCUGCCGACGCCAAUCUCCUUACCCCCCCUACUCUCUUCGGAGAAGGAAGCGCGGUGAAUGGAUUAAGUGCGGUGGAUCUUGAGGCCAUCACCGUUCACGGCGUCAUCCGACCGACCAGCUGA